ACGAUCUUGUGUUUUAACAAAAAAACCCUAAACAACAAUCCAUACUUCAUCGUUUUGAAUUGCUACUGGAGCAAUCGAAAAUGGCAUUUUCCUCGUAUUGUCGACGCCUUGUUAACGGAUCUUCUUCUUUGAUUACUUCAAGGAUUAGUAGCUAUCAGAUGAGAUCCAAGCACUCUAUCAGCCGUGCUCAAACGCAAAGUGUCAGCUCUGAUAGGCCACUUAGACAAUUCGUCUUGGGUAAAGGAAAAUCUGCUGGCAGGAACUCUGCGGGUCGUAUAACGAUAUUCCACCGUGGAGGUGGAGCAAAGCGAUCACAGCGAACAAUUGAUCUAAAGCGUAACACUUCAUCUGUGGGUGUUGUGGAAAGGAUCGAAUAUGACCCAAAUCGUACUUCUCGAAUUGCUGUAGUACGAUGGGUGGAGGGUGCAGAGGUUAGCCGCCAGAGGAAAGCCAAUGUAGUACAAGAUUUUGCUCCAUCACAUAAGAUCUUACCUAACAUGACCAUUAAAGGUCCUUUUUCGUUCUCUUCCCUGCCUGGUAUGCUGGAAGAUAGAAAGGUAAGUCAUUCUGGAUCUAAGGUUGAUCAUGUAGUGGUUGGUCUUCCUAAAGGUGUGGUUCCAGGGUCAAAGAUCCCCUUUACUAGUAAAAUCACAGCCAUAGGAAGCAAAAUGACAAGUGUGAAUGAUAUCUUUUUAUCUGCCUUUUCUUCUUCAAAAGUGAAGGGAGCUAAUGCACCUUAUUCCUUUGUUAGCGCGCUGGGUUUGCCAAGGAUGGCAGUAGCUGGGGCAAAGCCUGAUUUUUUUGUUCCAAGAAUGAAAGAUGAUGUUAAAGAAAAUGAAAGUUUGUCUCUUGAUGAGAUCAAAAAGUGGGACAAAGAUAGCAUUGUCUGGGGACAUAAGUUGAAACGUAAAGCAGCUGUUUCUUGGCAGAGUCUUAGGCAUCAAGAAAUGUUAGGGCUUGGUGGAGUAGCCGAGCUUAACAAGUCAAAGCCGAAGCUGAAAGCAAUGAACAAAGAGAAAAGUGGUGAGAAGUUUACAGCAGAUCGUGCACCUGUAACUUAUAUAUUAGCCACCCAUCAAAUGAAACCCGGGAAGAUGGUGAUGAAUUGCGAUUCAUCUAAACGUUCACAAAAUGAAUUGCUGCAUAGAUACUGAUACUGAAGACGGCUUUACGCUCCAAACAUGUCAACCUAGUUGAGAUAAGUCCGCUUCAUAAGUUUCAAGAUGACUCUUGCUUUCAUAUUUGUAGUUCUUCUUACGAGCAUUGUAUGUUUCUUUAGUUUUUCUGAAAAUCUUUUGGGUGCUCCCAGAUAUAAUGCACAACUAUAAUCUAAGCUGUUGGCAAAUUUUUUGUUCAA